AUGGUUAUUCCAGAGACUUUCUAUUGUGCCCAGCAAAUCAACAUCCCUCCUGAGCUGCCAGACAUCCUGAAAAACUUCACCAAGGCAGCCAUCCGAACACAGCCCAAGGAUGUGCUGCUGUGGUCUGUGGCAUACUUCAAUGCGCUGUCUAAAGGAGAGUGUCUACCUGUCAAGGACAGGCUGGAGAUGAAUGUUGCCACCCAGAAGACAGACACUGGGCUGACUCCAGGUCUACUGAAGACCCUCCACAAACAGAUGGCCUCCAGGAAAACUUGCAGCGAGGAGGAACUGCAGGCGAAAUGGAAGGGUCUGUGCCUACCCAUGGAUCAGCUGAAGACGCUGCUGUCAUUGGGCAGCUUUGGCUCAGACAUUGACUGGAUGGAGUUUUUCGCCCUGGCCUGCAGCGCUCUAGCAGGGGGCCUGACGGGUACUCUGAAGUCUGCCUGUGAGAUCCUGACGGAGGACGAGGAAGGCGGUGCUGCGAGGAUCCCGUUUGAUACCUUUGCAAAACUCUACACCUACCUGGCUCGCGUAGACGGGGACAUGUCACAGGAGCACAUUGACAGCUUCCUCUGCAGUCUGCAGCCACAAGUCAACAAGCAGAGUGGCAUGAUUCAGGUUUCCAACUUCUACAUCUGCAGGAAGUAAUGGAAGGAGAGACAGAAAGC